GAGUCGGAGCCGAUGGUGUAGUGGACGGCGCUCCGACACAUGGUGCAGACACAUGGUGCAGACGCACUUCUGGCGACCCGAGUUCGAAUCCCGGCUCGAGGUCCUUUGCCAAUCCCAUACCCCUCUCUUCACCCUAUACUUUCCUGUCGUCUCCUUAAUUACUAUCUAUCCAAUAAAGGCAAAAAUGGGCCAAAAAAAUAAUAAUAAAAAAAGAAGUAUAGGAUGAUGCCAUCAAAAUUCUAGACUAUUUUAGCACACUUGCAGAAUUGUAAGGUUUGAAUGCUGAUAUCUUCUGUAUUAGAAUUUUGUCAGCGUUUCGGACAAUACCAGUUUAUAACCAGUUUAAUUUGAUUAAGGGGGACUUUAAGUCUUGCCUGAGAAACAAAGCCUGUUUCUGUUAAAGCAGCAUUUAGUUUAGAUAUAAGCAUGUUUCAUAUUUUACAUUAUGAGUGAACAGAUUUUUUUGACAUAUUAUAAUUUUGUUUGUAGAAAUGGCCACUGACAGCACUCAAGUUUCCUCUGGUGAUCCUGAAAAGGGGCUUCAAAAAAACAAGCAGAAAAUCAAAGUGACUGAUAAAAUAAAAUUGUUAGCCUUCACAAAAUGUUCAAAAUCUGGACAUGAAAUGCUAUCAGAGCACCUGGAACAGAACUGUCUGGCUGAAGCUCAGAAGCUGCUGGUGGCAGCUGAGGAACAUCUGUUUGAUUCGAACGAAUCCGCCAGAGCCGAGAAAGAGGUGGACAAGCUGCAGAUGGAUUACGAAAACUUCAUUCUUCAUUUGAAGAUGAUCAUCUAUGAGUCCUUCAAUGAGAACAACCAGGAGAAACUCAAGAGUGUUGUGACUGCCAUACUUCAGGAGGAGGCACAGGACAAACGCUGGGAGACACUGGAAAAAGAGAUACGUCCAGCUUGGAGGCCGACAAGGUGCAGAGAGAUCCAUGACACACAACUCAAGACUGUUGUCGAGGAACGAAUGAAAAAUGCAAAUGAAGAGGAGAAUGGGGCGGACAAGCUGUCUUCUCCCUUGAAGAGAGAAGUGUGCCGACUGGGCAAGCAAAUACAAAAAGAUCUGCUGGUAGUGGUCAGACGGUUGGGGGAAUGUUACCCACCAGACUUUGACAUUUGCAGAAUUUAUGCCCAGCUUUACCAUCAGGCUUUCUCCACCAGACUCCAGGAGCUGACCAGAUCUAGUGUUGAUUUUGAGGAUUGCUGCUAUAUAUUAAGUUGGAUUGCAUUUCACUACCCUAGCGAUGUGCUGAACCACCAGGAAUUGAAAGAGCACAUCGACCAAUCAUCGCUUGGACCUCUGCUGCCUGAAGAAACCCUUAAGAUAUUACAUGAACAGUACUUUUCAUGCAAAGAGGAAGAAGCCAGAAAGUGGUUGUCUAAUGCUUUUGGGAAAGAAAUGAAGAAAUGGAGUGAUGGCAUUGAGCCACAACUGGUGGAUGGAUUUUACGUAAGCAGCCUUGCUGUAGAUAUUAUACCGCUUAUUGAUUCAACUAUGAAGGAGAUCAAAGCAAUUUUUGGCUCUGAAAGUAAAAACGAGUACAUUUUAUGCCAGCUGGACAGUUAUCUAAAAGAGUAUAUGAAAAAUCUAGAGGAACUUAUCAAAGUUAAACAAGGAGGUGCUGCUAAAACCCUCUGUGCUACUCUGGUUAACAUUAAGCAGUUUGGGGUUUAUGUACAAGAAGCAGAAAGUCUUUUCCCAGAAAAGACUAGAAGAGCACUGUUGUGCACAUUAGCAAACAUCAAAACAGCUUGUCAGCAAUAUUUUCUCAGUCGAAUUCACACAGAACUGAAGCCGCUGUACCGUAAGCUUUGGACUGACGCCUGGUGUCAUAAGCACGAUGAGGUUUUGGAUGGGCUGGUGAAAGCACUUGAAAAUCAUAUACAUAAUUUGGAAACGCUAGAGUCUGUCUGCCAAGAGGAACUGCUGGGCGAGCUGCAUUUAGCAGUAAUGGUUGAGUAUGUGAGGCAAAUGAUGAAGAGAAAACUGAAGCUGAAAGGGAAGAAACAGCAGGAGGAAGCAGCUGAGUUUAUGUGCCAAGACAACCAAAUUAUCUGCUCUACAUUUGCAGAAGCGGGGUGCAAUGAGAAAUGGCUUUCUGAAAUACUGCCAAGAUUAUCUGAGAUCCUGAAACUUCAAGACCCUGGGAGCCUUGAACUUGAGAUAGUUUCACUAGCAAGAAUCUAUCCUGACCUGAGUCAGCAACAUGUUGUUGCUUUCUUAAACCUGAAAAGCAAUCUUUCAAGCUCGGAUCUGCGUGGGAUCAAAGAUUGUUUGCGUGAUUACAGGGACACGCAGGAUGAUCAGUCCUCCCCUUCUUUCUUUUCCAAAGUAAUUGUGAAAAAGAAAAUCUUAUAAGUGUGCUGUUUAUGUACAUAAAUGUGAUACACAUAUCAGAAUUGAAGCAUUUAAUGCAUUGUCAUUUGAAAUAUACUUGCUACAAUAUGAUUUGAAAUUAAAGGUUUUAGAUAUCUGUGAAAGGUGUCAAAUCAGUUUAAAGUGCACCUAUUUCAUUGCUAAAAAAACGUUAUUUUGUGUAUUUGAUAUAAUACAACAUAUUUGCGUGCAUGGUUUAUGGUUGAAAAACACAAUAUUUUCCAUAUACCGUACAUUUUUGUAGCUAUCCUGU